AUGGACGCUAUCAAGCAGACCUUUGCCAAGUGCAAGGAGCAAAGGCGAGCGGCUCUGGUGGCCUAUAUCACCGCAGGAUAUCCCACUGUCGAGGAGGCAGUUGACAUCCUGCUCGGAUUGGAGAAUGGCGGUGCCGAUAUUAUCGAGCUCGGAAUUCCUUUCACCGACCCAAUUGCGGACGGUCCUACUAUCCAGACGGCCAACACCAAGGCUCUCGACAACGGGGUCACCGUUACCACAGUCCUCGAGCUUGUUCGCACAGCCCGAAGCCGGGGCCUGAAAGCACCACUUAUGCUGAUGGGUUACUAUAACCCGGUGCUGCGAUAUGGCGAGGAGCGUAUGCUUACGGACUGCAAGGAGGCCGGCGUGAAUGGUUUUAUUAUGGUCGAUCUGCCCCCAGAGGAGGCUGUUCGCUUCCGUGAUCUCUGCGCCAGCACUGGACUUUCGUAUGUUCCUUUGAUCGCUCCCGCCACCUCCGAUUCUCGCAUGAAGCUGCUGUGCAAGAUCGCCGACUCCUUCAUCUAUGUGGUGUCCCGCAUGGGUGUCACCGGUGCCACCGGCAAGCUGAGCGCUAAUAUCCCCGAGCUUUUGAAGCGCGUCCAUGAAUAUUCAGGCAACGUCCCCGCUGCUCUUGGAUUUGGAGUGAGCACUCGCGAGCACUUCUUGUCUGUCCAGGACACCGCCGAGGGUGUCGUCAUCGGUAGUCAGAUCAUCACAGUUGUUGGUCAGGCCCCGGCUGGACAGGCCGCCAAGGCUGCUGAGGAGUACCUUUCCAGCGUUACUGGCCGGAAGCGCGAGCGCGAUGCUCAGGGCUCUCUGACCCAUGAAGUCAAUAUUAUUGAAGCUGUUCAGAAGGCCCUGCCCACUGCUGAGUCAGCGCCCACCAAGGUCAUUACCGAGGCCGAUACCCCAGCCGGUCCUGGUCUGGCUGAUCAGCUGGAGGCCCUGAAUGUCACCAAGGAUCCCUCCGCAACGCCAUCCCGCUUCGGCGAGUUCGGUGGUCAAUAUGUCCCUGAAUCCCUCAUGGACUGCUUGGCAGAGCUCGAGAAGGGCUUUGACACGGCAUGCAACGAUCCCAAGUUCUGGGAGGAGUUCCGCUCCUACUAUCCUUACAUGGGCCGCCCUAGCAGCCUUCACAUUGCCCAGCGCCUGACCGAUCAUGUCGGCGGUGCCAACAUCUGGUUGAAGCGUGAGGAUCUCAACCACACUGGUAGCCACAAGAUCAACAAUGCCCUGGGUCAGAUUUUGAUUGCUCGUCGCCUGGGUAAGACUCAGAUCAUCGCCGAGACCGGCGCUGGCCAACACGGUGUCGCCACUGCCACGGUGUGUGCCAAGUUUGGCAUGAAGUGUACCGUGUACAUGGGUGCGGAGGAUGUCCGCCGCCAGGCCCUCAACGUGUUCCGCAUGAAGCUGCUCGGCGCUUCCGUUGUCGCCGUUGAAGCUGGUAGCCGUACUCUCCGUGAUGCCGUCAACGAAGCUCUCCGUGCUUGGGUCGUCGAGCUCGACACGACCCACUACAUUAUCGGCUCAGCCAUCGGCCCCCACCCCUUCCCUACUAUCGUGCGUACCUUCCAGUCGGUCAUUGGUGAUGAGACCAAGCAACAGAUGCAGGAGAUCAUGGGCAAGCUCCCCGACGCGGUUGUCGCCUGUGUUGGCGGUGGCAGCAACGCCGUCGGCAUGUUCUACCCCUUCUCCAACGAUCCCAGCGUCAAGCUGAUUGGUGUCGAGGCUGGUGGUGACGGUAUCGAUACUGCCCGUCACUCCGCCACUCUGUCCGGCGGAUCGAAAGGUGUCCUCCAUGGCGUGCGCACCUACGUCCUGCAGAACGAGCACGGUCAAAUUUCCGAAACCCACUCUAUCUCCGCCGGUCUCGACUACCCCGGUGUCGGCCCCGAGCUGAGCGCCUGGAAGGACAGCGACCGCGCUACCUUCAUUACUGCCGACGACAGCCAGGCUCUUGCGGGAUUCCGCGCCCUCGCCCAGCACGAGGGUAUCAUCCCCGCUCUGGAGUCCUCGCAUGCCGUCUGGGGCUGCAUGCAGCUGGCCAAGACCAUGAAGAAGGGCGAGAACAUCGUGCUGAACCUCAGCGGCCGUGGUGACAAGGAUGUGCAGCAAGUUGCUGAUGAGCUUCCCCGUCUGGGUCCGAAGAUCGGUUGGGAUCUGCGUUUCUAA